AAAACACUUCACACACACACUGCACCCUCCCUGAAAGCAACAAAUCUGCUGAACAUGGAAUUCUAAAGCCUAAGGUAGGAGAAGAAAGCUGUUUAGUAUAUCAAGACGGCUCAUAGCAGCUGUCAAAAUAUCAAAACAAAGGGACAUUACACUCCCCAACAAGUCAAACAAGUCUGCCGUCCAGUGGGAAAGAGAUUUUGUUCAGUGAAGAAAAAUGCCUCCAACUCGAGUGACCAAAAAACCCCGUAAUGACCGCACCACUAAAGGUAAUGUGGGUUCUCUCACCUUUCCUGUGAAAUUCCUGGAUCAGGACUAUCAGGAGUUGCACCAGAAUUGCCAGGUCAAUAAGAAGAAAUAUGUUGAUGAGAAGUUCCCUCCCGAAAGCAGCUCCAUUGAUCCGUGGAGGAAGCUUGAAUUGAAUCAGGACAAAAUCAAGUGGUUGAGACCAUCUCAAAUAGUGACAGACCCUCAGCUAAUUGUAAAGGGGGUUUCGAGGUUUGACUAUGCCCAAGGAUCCUAUUUAGGAAACUGCUGGUUUCUUGCUUCAGUUGGAGCUUUAACCUUCCAGAAGGAUAUCUUGAAACAGGUCAUGCCAGCUGGCCAGUCAUUCACUAAGAACUAUUCAGGGAUAUUUCACUUCAGAUUCUGGCAGUUUGGGAAAUGGAUUGAUGUAGUUAUUGAUGAUAAACUGCCAACAAUUGACGGCAAGCUCAUUUUUGUUCAUUCAAAAACAUCAAAUGAGUUUUGGCCUGCUUUGCUGGAGAAAGCUUAUGCCAAGGUGUGUGGCUCCUAUGCUGACACACAUGCUGGUUUAGUGUCAGAGGCCCUCAUGGACUUUACUGGUGGGGUGCAUUUGCAUUUUGACCUGAAAAUGGCUGGUUCUAACUUGUGGGAACUGAUGGAUCGGGCAGCCAAAGCAAAAGCACUGAUGGGGUGUGGCACUCCUCAGGGGAAAACGUCUGCGAACACAGUAUUACCUAAUGGCAUAGUUGAGGGUCAUGCAUAUACAGUGACAGGGGUUUUCAAGGUAAGAGGCAAAGGACAACCAGUAAAGCUGGUGAGAGUGUUAAACCCAUGGGGACUCGGUGAGUGGACCGGUGCUUGGAGUGACAGAUCCUCGUUGUGGAACCAAGUGAGUGAAAAGGAGAGAACCGAGUGCCGUUCAUUGGCCAAUGACGGGGAGUUCUGGAUGUCAAUGGAGGAUUUUACCAAAAGCUUCGAAGACAUGGAUAUUUGUUGCCUACAACCUGAUUUUUUGGGUGGCACCUCGAAAUGUCACUGGACGUCCACUUGCUAUAAUGGCAGCUGGGAGGCUGGAACAACAGCUGGUGGAUGCAUGAAUCAUCAAGACACCUUCUGGACAAACCCACAGUUUAGGGUUAGGAUGGAAGAGCUUGAUGAGGACUGUGCUGGUGGGCAGUGCCCUGAAAACAUACUGGUGUGUCUCAUGCAGAUCCAUGAAAAGAAAAACAGAAGUCUUGUGUCUAACCACUCCAUCGGCUUCUGUGUUUUUCCGAUACCACCAGGGGUGAAAGAUGAGGUAGGGAAAUUCCCAGCCAAGUUCUUCAGUCGCAGAGGACCUGUGGCAGAUUCUGAGAGCUUUAUCAAUGCAAGAGAAGUGAUGAGUUUCUUCAAGCUUGAACCAGGGGAGUAUGUCAUCAUACCAUCCACUUUCAACCCUAAUGAAAGUGCAACAUUUAUGCUAUCUGUCUUCUCAAAAAGUGAAUCUCACAAGAGAAAUAAGAAACUUGUGAUGACAUAUGUAUGAGGUCAUUAUUAAUAUCCAAUCAGCGAGACUAAUAUGCAGUCAUGUACAGUAUGUGUCGUGUGCUAUUUACUGUACAUUGUGUAACUUACAUGAUAGAUGAAGCCUUACAGGUCAAGGCUUCAUUUAUCUUUUUUUAUCCUGGCUAUGUUCUUGUAUUAGGGUAAAUUUCACGAAAUCUGUCAAAAAAAAGUUUUGGUCAUAUUUCAACAGGCAAAUCUUUGACUGAAAUAUGUUCAUAUACAUUUUAACCAUUUUCACAUUACUGAAAUACAAAACAUAAUUUGUUUAUGAUUUUGUAGGUGUUGUGAGAACAACCCAGGGUUACGUGCUAACUAUUAUCUACUCUUCAAAACCCUUUAACCACUCAAAAUGUAUGUGGGGAAAACCAAACUGUGAUGGUUAUGUUUGUGAUUGCUUUUCUUUUUUUCUUAUGUAAUUGUAACAAAGUUCAAUGUAGGGAAGGAAGGAGGCGGGAACCGGCGAACAUUUAAACAAUAAACUUUAAUCAAAAAUAAACAAACAAAAACACGGAAGUAAAAGGCCGGCAGCCACCUCACGGUCUACUGCCGGCCACACAAACAUAAAUAAAACUUAACAUUUCCGGGCCCGGUCCUCUCUCCUCGGCAGUCCCGUCACUCGUCCUCUUAUGCUCCCUAGCUCCCCGUGAGGCAUGCGGGACCGGUGCGCGUACAGCUGAUACUCAUUAUCACUCACGCCACCGGCCCCGCCUUCCUGCCCCCAAGGCUCUCGUCCCGCCUUCCUCGCUACAGUAAUCUGUUAGUAAAAAAAUGUUAGUAAUUUGUGAACUGUGAAACAGUUUUUGAAAUGUUAUUAAGUCAUGUUGUAACUGUGUUUGGCUUAUGUAUAGUCAGUCAUUUGUGAGGUAAGACUUCACUUCACUGUUUUAAAUGGCAUUUCUCAAUUAACUCCUAUCGGCAUGUUCUAACAAAUGUUACUGAACAACAUAAUAAAAAGAACUUGCCAAAGUAACAACAAAGUGGUCACGAAGAGCAAAAUAUAGAUUAGCUCACAAUUUAUUUCUAUAAUAAUUAUUAUUGGUGAAAAAGAAAUGUAUGCAUUUGGCAGCAGCUUUUACCUAAAUGUACUAUGCAGGCAUUUUAUACAGUGGUCAAUCCCAGCAAUUCAAACCUAUGAACUUGGGGUUGUUAGCACCACUUAUUAACAAUUUAACUAUAUAUGACCAGUCAGAGUUCUUUAAGUUAAAAUUGCAUAACACAAAAACAAUGUAUUUUUCAGAGAAAACUGUAACUGUAAAUGACAGUAUAGGUCAAAUAAAU